ACUCCAAACCCUAAUACCCUUUCCCACCCACGUUAGGUUUUCAUCGUUUUCGCCUUCUUUUUGGGCCGAUUAAUUAUAAUAAUAGCCCACAAUUGUUUCUUCAUCUUCAGUAAUCGCAAUUCGAGAGGGGUUUCCAGACCGAAGAAAGACCCCCGGGUAAUUGAUACAUGUUUUUUGGGGAAAAUUGCUGCCGUAGAUUCGCCGGAGCUGAGCGCCGCCGACGCUCCUGUUUAUGGCGUCUGCUGUGUUAGCAAGCCAGAAUGACUCCGGCUGGGGCCACAUGGGAAAGACUACUUACUCCAACCCUCACCUAAAUGGGAACCCUAACCCUAAUCCCAAGAAAAAGCAAAAGCAAUUCCAUCACCCCACCGCGAACGGCGUCGUUGGUCGUUAUCAGAACAAGGUUGAUUCCCCAGCCGUCACGCAGACAGCCUCCGAUGACGCCUAUUCUUUCAACCAGACAUCCACGAGCCGUAACGCUGGCAAUUAUGGCAGCUACUUGACCUUCAACGUUGCCUCGUACACGAAAUCGGAGCUGUUCGAGCUCCGGAAACGAUUGUCUGCAGAGCUCCAGCAGAUCCGUGAUUUACGAGAUCGGAUUGAAUCCGGUCAAUUCAACAUUGUCGAAAACCCUAGAUCUCAACCGAAAUUAAAGAAAUUUCCUGGAAACAAGAGGCCCAUCUCGGCGGUUGGAUCUGCUCCCAAGAAAAUUAGCAAUGCCUACGAGAAUGGAAAUUUAGACUCCGCCAGUUUUGAGGGUUUGCUGAAGGAAUGCAGUAAAAUUGUCGCCAAAUUAAUAAAGCACAAGUAUGGGUAUAUUUUCAAGAUGCCCGUGGAUGCCGUGGCCUUGGGUCUUCACGAUUAUCAUUUGAUUGUGAAGCGUCCCAUGGAUCUGGGUACUGUUAAAGCGAAUCUUGCCAAGAAUUUCUAUCCAACCCCUAUUGAAUUUGCAGCUGACAUGAGGUUGACUUUUAACAAUGCGUUGUUAUACAACCCUAAGACCGAUCCUGUUAAUGGGAUGGCAGAGCAGAUGUUGGCCCGAUUUGAGGAAUUAUUUAGGCCAAUACAGGAGAAGAUUGACAAGUUCGCAGGACAGCGGAGAGAGAGGGAAUUUCGUGAGUCUAGGGCUAUUGAAGAUUCGCAGUUUCGUGGCCUUGAUGAGUUGCAGGGUAGUUCCUGGAAUAAUCAUAAUGAUCGGAAUGCUGCCUCUCCUGUGAGGGCCAAGAAGGCAAAGCCGAAAGUAAGCCCUGUUCCUUCUCCACAGGUGUUCAAGAAGCCUGAUAGAAUGGUAACACCAAUGCCAGCUCACUCUAGUGCUUCAACACCAUCGCAUCCUCCUCCCCCUUCAACGAAUCAACAGCCGUUGUUGCCAGAAGAAUUGCCCCCUUCUCCAGUGAGAGCUCCUGCUCUGCCAUCUAAGGAACAGAAGGCUGGGAGAGGAGGAGCGGUGAAGCUGCCAAAGCCAAGAGCGAAGGAUCCAAAUAAGAGGGAAAUGAGUAUGGAGGAGAAACAGAAGCUUGGAAUUGGGUUACAGAGUUUACCUCAAGAAAAAAUGCCUCAAUUGGUACAGAUUAUAAGGAAAAGAAAUGAGCAUUUGGCUCAGGAUGGUGAUGAAAUUGAGCUCGACAUUGAGGCCCUUGAUACAGAGACGCUUUGGGAGCUGGAUCGCUUCGUGACCAAUUGGAAGAAAAUGGUGAGUAAGACUAAGCGGCAAGCAUUGUUGAUGAACAUCAAUCCAGCGGGUGGAGUUGCCGCUACCAGUUCCAUGGCUGAUGCUGAUAUGGGUUCAAUGAGUGAUAAAAAUGAUGACUCUGGAAAGAAAUCAAAGGAGAACGAUGAUGAAGAGGUAGAUAUUGAUGAUGAUAUGCCAGCAACAAGCUUUCCUCCUGUGGAGAUUGAGAAGGAUGAUGGGAUGGGUGGAGGGGGUGGCGGCGGUCAUGAUCAUGAUCCUGUUGGUCAUGGUAAUGCCAGCAGUAGCUCGAGCAGCUCUGGCAGCUCAAGUAGUGAUUCGUCUUCCUCCAGUGAUUCUGAUUCAGGGAGUUCAACUGGGAGCGACUCGGAUGCAGAUGAUGCACAGUCCUGACAUUAUUUCAGCAACCUUCUAUGGUUUGAGUAUUGAUGAUGGACUGUCGACCUGGGUCCCUUAUGUUGUUUCAAUAUAUAAGGAGGUCCAUUGAUGAGGUAUAGUAAGUGGUUUGUUUUCCUUUCCAAUGUCACUUUUCUUUCUCCUGAAGCUGGCGAUCCUCUUUUGCAGAGGGUGGCCAUGACAAUCCAUCCUGUGCACCGGGUUAACGGUGACUGUAGAAGUCUGAUAAUCUAUAUGUAAGAAUGCAUCAGAUGAUAGGGGGCAAAUAUAUCAGAAUUUGGCAAGUUUAUCACUUGAAAUCAAGUGUAGCUAGGAGAAUGUAGAUAGAUAGCCUAAGCCCUGUACAGUUUUAGAACAAAAAGUAGUUGAAAUUCUAAAUGAAAAAGAUCUUGGGCUGUGCGAUAUUGUGAUCGGUCUUCUUUCCAGUUUUCUUUAUCGCGUCAAGAUUGUUAGCACAGUGUGCGUGGCAAUCUAGACAGGCACCAAAGGCAAGCCUGCAAAAAGACGAGCAGCACUGGUUUAUGCUGCCAACGGAAGAGAAAAACAAGGCACAUGGGGGCGAUAGGGUUUGCCAGUCAGGAUUUUGGUGGAUUCCAGCGGCAAAAAGAAAACGGAAAAGGCAUCACCUCAAUCAUAUGCAUGCCAUGUGAUUUCCCUUUCAUUUGGUGUUAUUAUUAUCUCUUCAAUUCAGGAUAUGCAAACACGGUUCCCCGGAGGGUGGAAGGGUUCUGGGGAUCUGCUUUGUUCAAUAGGGAAAAUAGCCCUUUGUUUGAUUAGUGUAGUUGUGCAGCGCAAGAUUGAUUUUUCCAGGUUAAGCAAUUCAUAUGCCGAAAGGGGCCGAUCUUUAACUAACGUUUUUAAUUGUCUUUGGCCCACAUGUCAGAUAUCUUUUCUUUGGUUGGGAGGAAGCAGUGAUGGAGAGAUAUUCGUUAUGUUUAGUUGUGACAAGUUGGCACAUCAUUUACAACGCAAAGCCAAACUUGGUGUGCGGGUGCAGGUGCCAUUCUCUUUGUGUGAAUGGAGGGGUUUUUACUUGUUUCCUA